AUGUCGAAGAAAAACAACAAGGCGACGUACCGCCGCGCGCAAGAGGAAGCGAAGCGCCUCGAGCGCGAGGCCGCGGAGAAGAAGGCCGCGAAGGCGGCGAAGCGCGCGGAGCGCGCCGCGGAGGAAGCGGCGGAGCGCGACGGCGCGAUGCUCACGGACGACGACGCGCGCGCGAACGCCGCGGCGGCCGCGGCGGCGGCGGCGAAGACGAAGACGAAGACGAAGACGAAGGGCGCGGCGGCGAAGGGCGGCGGCGGCGGCGGCGGCGCGCUCCUCGGGGUGGCGCGCGGGGGCGUCGGCGGCGUCGUGAAGCGCGAGCGGAGGGCGGGCGCGAGCGUCCGCGGGUCGAGGAAGAUGGUGAAGGGCGUGCCCGUCGGGAGGGUGGGCGCGAAGAUUAAGUUGAAGCUCGGAUGCAGCGUGCGCGGGAUUAAGAUCGUGGACGCGGAGUCGAGGAACAAGGUCAUCGCGGAGCUCAAAGCCGAGGCCGCGAUGAAGAUGAUGGAGUGA